AUGCCAGUGAGACACAAAACUUUAGUUUCCGCCCAGGAAUGUAUUCGCAGUGAAUUAUCGCUGGGUGAAGAAGUUGUGACUAUCCGUCGCAACGCACCAGCUGCGCUGCUUUACGAGGAUGCGCUUCGUGAAUCGCGCACCACGAUUGCCAGUUCCGGAGCGCUCAUCGCGUUUUCAGGCGCCAAAACCGGACGUUCUCCGCGUGAUAAGCGUAUCGUGGAUGAGCCAUCGUCCAGAGACAACAUUUGGUGGGGUCCAGUCAACCGCAAGUGCUCCGAAAAGACCUGGCUUGUGAACCGGGAGCGUGCCGCCGACUAUUUAAGAACACGUGACCACCUGUACAUCGUGGACGCUUACGCGGGCUGGGACCCGCGCUACCGCAUCAAGAUUCGGGUUGUCUGUGCCAGAGCCUACCACGCAUUGUUUAUGACCAACAUGCUGAUUCGUCCCACCGCGGAGGAGCUCAAAAAUUUCGGGGAGCCCGACUUCACAAUCUGGAAUGCCGGCCAAUUUCCAGCCAACACGCAUACCGACGGAAUGACUUCCAAGACUACCAUCGAAAUCAACUUUGCCAAGAUGGAAAUGGUCAUUCUCGGCACCGAAUAUGCAGGCGAAAUGAAAAAGGGCAUUUUCACAGUGAUGUUUUACCUGAUGCCCAUCAACUACAACGUGUUGACCCUUCACUCUUCUGCAAACCAGGGAAUUAAGGACAAUGACGUGACAUUAUUUUUCGGGCUUAGCGGAACCGGUAAAACCACAUUGUCUGCAGAUCCAGCUCGCAAAUUGAUUGGCGAUGACGAGCAUUGCUGGUCUGAUCAUGGUGUGUUUAACAUCGAGGGCGGGUGUUACGCAAAAUGUAUUGGUCUCUCCGAAGCGAAAGAGCCAGAAAUUUUCCAAGCCAUCAGAUUCGGAUCCGUGUUGGAAAAUGUAGGGUACGAUCCUUUGACCAGAGAAGUUGACUAUGACGACUGCGAGAUCACCGAGAACACCCGCUGUGCGUACCCUAUCGAUUUCAUCCCCAGCGCAAAGAUCCCAUGUUUGGCCAAUGAGCAUCCUAAAAAUAUCGUGUUAUUGACGUGCGAUGCCUCAGGGGUAUUACCACCCGUGUCAAAACUCACGCCGGCGCAAGUCAUGUAUCACUUCAUCAGCGGAUAUACCUCGAAAGUAGCCGGAACCGAAGAAGGUGUCACUGAACCCGAAGCCACAUUUUCUUCAUGCUUCGGGCAGCCAUUUUUAGCCCUGCACCCCCUCAAGUAUGCAACCAUGUUGGCAGAUAAAAUGCAGCAGCAUAGCGCUAAUGCUUGGUUGGUGAAUACAGGGUGGACAGGCGCCAGUUUCGUUGCUGGAGGCCAGAGAUGUCCAUUGAAGUAUACGCGUGCUAUCUUAGACGCCAUUCAUGACGGUUCGUUGGCUAACUCCGAAUUUGAGUCAUUACCCACUUUCAAUUUGCAAGUGCCACUUCAUGUCAAUAACGUUCCUGAUAACUUAUUGAACCCAGAGAAAAACUGGUCUGACGGCAAAGCACACUAUCAAAAGGCAGUAAGGACUCUGGCUCACUUGUUUGCUUCGAAUUUCACAAAAUACGCGGAGCAGGCUACCACUGAAGUUUUGACAGCCGGCCCUUUGAUUUAG